AUGGAGGGCAUCUUCUCUACCAAGUCCGACGUCUACAGCUUCGGCGUGUUACUACUAGAGGUCGUCACUGGUAUUAGGAGAAACUCUAACAGUCAGACAUCAAGCUUUCCUAGCCUUGCAGUUUAUUCAUGGAAUAUGUGGAAGGAAGGGAAGAUACAAGAAUUGGCAGACUCAUCUCUCAUGGACACAUAUUCACCAGACGAAGUUUUGCUCUGCAUCCAUGUGGGACUCCUGUGUGUGCAAGAAAAUCCAGAUGAUAGGCCCCUGAUGUCAACUAUUGUGUUUGUCUUGGAGAAUGGAAGCACCACACUUCUAGCCCCCAACUGCCCCACCUACUUUGCCCGACGAAGAAUAGAAAUGAAGCAAAUUAUGGUUGACAUUCAGAGCUCUGUGAAUGAUUGUACUCUUUCGGAGAUAUAA